AUGCUUCACCUACCAUACCCAUUUCCAACUCCCGCCAGAAAGAUGGAGUACAAAGCUCUCCCAGAAAAUUCUUUCCCAGAGGAAUCCAAGCCUUCUAGCAUCAUGCAACCAUUUGACACCAUCGAUGUCGAGAAGAGCGCGGUGGUUUCAUCGUCCGGGUACGGCACAAUCUCACCAUACACAAACAAAGAAGGAGGGUUGAGAACUCUACGGAAAGAACAAGGUCAAGGCAUUUGGAUAAGUUUUUUUCAAAGCUUGGUAGCUGUUGGCAUAUUUACGGCUAUGGGGGUGAUUCUCGUUUUGGCUAUUUUGUAG